UUGAGUGGUUGCGGGAUUCCAGCUAGAGAGUCUCCGUUACCUAAAAGAGCCGACGGGGUCCGGCGUUCUCCUGUGUGGUGGGACUGGAAGUCGCCACCGCCGCGAGGCUGGCCGGCGGGAUCUGGACAGACACAGCCUUUGGCGGAAUUUCAGGAUGACUGACACUUCUGAAGCUGUUCCAAAUUUUGAAGAGAUGUUUGCGAAUAGAUUCACAGAAGAUGAUAAAGAGUACCAGGAAUACUUGAAACGUCCUCCUGAAAUGCCUCCAAUUAUUGAGGAAUGGAAUAGCAGAUCUGGUGGAAACCAAAGAAAUAGAGGCAAUAGGCUGCAAGAUAACAGACAGUUUAGAGGUAGGGAGAGCAGACGGGGAUGGCCAAGUGACAAUCGAUCAAAUCAGUGGCAUGGACGAUCCUGGGGUAACAAUUAUCCCCCACAACACAGACAAGAACCUUACUAUCCACCCCAAUAUGGACAAUAUGGUUACAACCCACGGCCUCCGUAUGGUUACUAUUGAUAGAAAUGUCAG